UUGAUUGCUGUCACAACCUCUUCGGUUGGUUUUGGAGCAUAUUUGGCAAAGGUAGCAGCGCAGUUCCUGAGGGAUAAUGAAAUAUUUGUGCCAGCUGAUGAUGAAGACGAUUGA